AUGUGGCUUCUUAACGUAUCAAGCUUCAAAUUAUGCGACUUCAUGGGCAAGGCAAACAGACCCCAUAUGCUAUCCUCUCCCACACAUGGGGCGCUAAGGAAGUUUCCUUCAAAGACAUACAGCCUGAGAACCGAGCUAAAAAAAAGGGGUUUGUUAAAAUACAAGGAUGCUGCAAUCAGGCACGACUUGACGGCUACGACUGGGUCUGGGUAGACUCGUGCUGCAUUGACAAGUCACGCAGCGCCGAGCUGACGGAAGUUAUCAACUCCAUGUUCAAAUGGUACCACGAUGCAGGGAUCUGCUACACCUACCUAGGCGGUGUACCUCGCGUCGGAUUUGAUCCUGAACCAAAGGAUCUGGAAGACGCCUUCUCUAAAAGUCGAUGGUUUACGCAAGGCUGGACCCUCUAAGAACUUCUUGCACCGAGGUCAGUUAUUAAU